AAAAAAGGAAGAAACCCCACCUCUAACUCUCCCUAUUAAUACUUCAUCAUCUCCAACUUCAUCUUUCAUCUUCAGCCAAAAAAAACCAAUCUAUCUUCUUAUUAAUCUAACACCAACAAAAAAAACCAAAAAGCACUUAGUACCCCAUUCAAAUACUAGAUAGAAAACCAAAAAGGAAGAGUAGUAUAUACGAGAGCUCUCCAUUGAGAGUAUCUCUGAAGUUGAAACAGAGCAUUCAAAAAACACCACUUCAACAACAACAACAAUAACAACAACAAGAUUUUCCUCGUCAUAACCAUCACUAUCAUCAUCAUCAUCAUCAUCAUCAUCGACCACCAUGUGUAAUCCCGACACAUCUUCAUCUUCAUCAUCCUCAUCUUCAACAGAGCAGCAAAAACAACCACAAACCCACCUGUUAUUCGAUCUCUUAUCAUCCUUGCCAACCACCAUACAACAACACCAAGAAAACAAACCGAGAACCACCGACCUGGAAUUCACUAAAGAACCGCAAUUAUUCACAUAUCCUACGUUCUCCGAUAUCGUAACCGAAUCCAAAUCUCUUUUCAACCUAGCUUUCCCUAUAGCUCUCACCGCACUCAUUCUCUAUUCCCGCUCAAUCAUAUCCAUGCUUUUCCUGGGUCAUCUGGGCGACUUGGAACUCGCCGCUGGUUCGUUAGCGAUCGCUUUCGCUAACAUAACCGGUUAUUCGGUGCUUUCGGGUCUAGCUUUAGGGAUGGAACCGCUUUGUUCUCAAGCUUUCGGAGCUCAACGUCCGAAGCUACUAUCUCUAACACUCCAUCGCUCUGUCAUCUUCCUUUUGGUGUCUUCCAUACCCAUUUCUUUGCUCUGGCUCAACAUGUCCAGAAUCCUUCUAUAUUUACAACAGGACCCGAACAUCACACGCAUGGCUCACACGUACCUCGUUUUCUCUCUCCCUGACCUUUUGACCAACUCUUUCAUCCACCCAAUCCGCAUUUACCUUCGUGCCCAGGGUAUCACCCACCCGCUAACGCUAGCGUCUCUCGUUGGCACAAUCUUCCACUUGCCCAUCAACUUCCUCCUUGUCUAUCGGCUACGGCUCGGCCUCGCCGGCGUCGCGGCUUCCUCGGCCGUAUCCAAUCUGUUUGUGCUCCUCUCCCUCGUUGGUUACGUUUGGGGUUCGGGAUUGCACAAGCCGACUUGGAUUGCGCCGAGCAGGAAGUGUUUGACCGGCUGGAAGCCGUUGCUGAGGUUGGCGGCUCCGAGCUGCGUUUCGGUUUGUUUGGAAUGGUGGUGGUAUGAGAUCAUGAUUGUGCUUUGCGGUUUGCUUGUGGACCCCAAAUCGACGGUGGCUUCGAUGGGGGUUUUAAUCCAGAUGACGUCGUUGAUCUACGUGUUCCCGUCGUCGCUUGGUUUUUCGGUUUCGACUCGGAUCGGGAACGAGCUCGGGGCGAACCGACCGGAGAGAGCGAGGUUAUCGGCUGUGGUGGCGGUUCUGGUUUCGGGAGUUAUGGGCCUAUCAGCGAUGGGUUUCACUUACGGGAUGAGGGAUAGGUGGGGCCGGAUGUUCACGGGUGACGAUCAAAUCCUGCGGUUGACGUCGGCGGCUUUGCCGAUCCUAGGACUGUGCGAGCUUGGUAACUGUCCACAGACGGUGGGAUGUGGGGUCCUCAGAGGGACGGCGAGGCCUUCCACGGCAGCUAACGUGAACGUUAGCGCGUUCUAUCUUGUUGGAAUGCCUGUGGCUAUUGGGCUUGGGUUUUGGGCCGGAAUAGGGUUUUGUGGGCUUUGGUUGGGUUUGUUGUCGGCCCAGGUUUGUUGUGCUGGACUCAUGCUUUAUGUGGUUGGGACCACUGACUGGGAGUUCCAAGCUAAUAAGGCGCAAUUGCUAACAUGCGCUGGGUGUGUAGAUCGCACCCUGCCUGGUAGUGAUUGUAGGGUUGAGGAAGAACAGCCAUUGAUUUGCAUUGUUGUCACUUCACCAUGAUAACACAAAAGCGAAAAAUUAGUGACCCAUAUAGAGAUGGGGACUUGCAUAAAGAGGAUAAAGAAGAAUUUUUGUUUUAUUUCGUAUGGUGUCUUUGUCUACAAGUUGUUGUCUAUCAGCUAUACUUUUGAUACUUUCUUAUCAUCCUGCAGGAUGCUCCAAAAUACCACUGUAACUUAGGAAUUUAAGCUUCUCUUUUUAAUUUUAAUUUAAUUUAUUAUUAUUUUUUA